AUGGAAGAGCGAACGUGGACUCAAGAAGCCAUCGAUAGGUUCUUCGAAGCCCGUGAAUCUCCAACUCAAUCUGAGUGUGACGACCAUGCCCGUAGGAUCUCCGGUGGCUCCACAGUCCAGGAAGUUGCCGUUCCUGGCUCGCUCAGCUACACGGUCCUUUGUCCAGAUUGUCCAGGUGAACGGCGUGAUUUGAUCGUGUCCUUCCGAGAAUCUGAGUCCACUCUAGAUCAGGCUGUUAUCCAGCUGGCAAAGUUCAUACACGGCUCCUUGGUGCCCGAAGCCACCUACCAUGGCACAAUGCCUGCUGCUAACCCACCUCUUCCCAUCUAUACGAUGCCCUGUUUGCAAGGCAUUUCUUGCUUGGAAGGGCUCAGCUCUAAGGCUGAGUUGAAUGCCAUGGAACAGGCCAAGCAUUUGUGUUUCAUCAAGCAUCUAGCCAGGUAG